CAGUCAACCACGAGCAGAGCAACAUCCACCACAUCCCCAAGAGCAACACCAAGAGCCACCCAGCACAUAGUACUGCCGGCGAGACCAACAAACAGUGCAACAGCAACGAGGAGGGCUACCGAAAAUCCCCGAGAUAUAAUAUUGAUGAUCCAGGAGCCAGCACGAGUACAGGCGGCACCCAGUUACGAGGCGACAACCCGGGAGGACAACAACGCAACAUCCCAGGAUCCAGCGGCUGGCGCGACAAACUCGUGGCCCAAUUGCUCCUGCUCUCAGAGGAGAACGAGGCCAACGGAGCCUAUGAGGGAUUCGCCUACGUCGACGGUCACCACAAUACCGAUCGUGAUAGACAGCAAGCCAAAUCCCAGAAUUCUGCUGAUCAGAGUGCCCACAAGCAGCAGCAACAACAGCAACAGCAAUCGCAGCGGGACAGAGCACAGAACGCCUCGAACUCGCAUCAUCAGAAUACCCUUUUUACCAGGGUCGGUACCAACGCGUCCGCCAGCCAACCAGGCCGCGCCUGCCACCAGUCCCUUAGUAAAUCCGACAGAUUCGGCGAGGAGGUCCCGUAUCUCAGCGUGCCCCACGACCACUGGGACACCAAUAUCCCGAUCGCAACCAGAAACGGUGGCAGGUUCACCGACUACGACUACGGCAAUGGUGAACAACCAAACGGUCCCGGUUUCGUCGAGCGCGCCUCAGACACAGACCCUGGCAGCCAUGGCUGGCAUCCAGUUGACAGGUGCGGACGAGCCGCCAUCUCGCCGGGAUAUGAGUGGAGCAAUGCCUACUGCCACAGUUGAAGAGAUAGACGUUCCGGUGUUCAUUGAUGAAUACCUGCAAGAUAUAGAAGCAACGUCCUCGACGUGCAGCAGCGAAAACGGAAAGGAGAUUUUUACUGAGACGGAUAUUCUUGACUUUGAUAUAAACAUGUUUGCCGAGGAUAACAUUGAGCCUGAGGGCAAGAUUAUGGAUCUCUUCAGCCCGACGAGGGGAGAGAUGAACAACGACAACCUAGACAUCAACUUUCUGCAAAUGGAUGACCUGCCUCUGGCCAACGAGGAGGAGACCCUGGACAUGACACCGAUGUGUGGCAUCGACAUCAACCAGCAGCAGGACCUGGACCUCAUCAGCAUAUUCCCCAGUUCUCAGCCGCAAUCGAUGCUCACCGGCUCGCAGGACCCAUAUCUGUUCUCCUACUCGCAGGCCACAUCCACAUCCAGCACCACCAAAUACAUCACCGAGGAGCCCCUCAUCGCCGACAUGGUCAGCUGCGACACCAUCAGUCUCUUUGGCUGCAGCCAGGAGUCGCUCGGCUUCGGCCCUGAGGAGGACGUCAAGCCCAGCGGCAGCUUUGCCAGCAGUGGCGGCGACGUCGCCGUGGCCAUCCCAACGCCCAUCCAGCUCCCCAUCAUCUCCACGCUCAAGCGCUCGGCCCCGGCCCCCGUGGUUGAGACGCAGCCCCUCAAGCGCAGCAAACUGGCGCUCCAGAUCAACACCCACCCCGCGCCAGCGUCCAGCCCGAGCACGCCCGAAAUCAUCGAACAUCUCCUGAAUUUCGAUAGGCUCGAGGCCACUAACACCAGUACCAGCAACACCAACACCUCCAUCAGCACCAUCGUCAUCACCCGAGAAGAUAUCGUUGAGGAUCUACGCAGUGCCGAAGAGGAGACCACCAUCGACUUCUCGCCGCCAAAUACCCCGCACAGCAACUACUCAGCCAGCUCCAGCUGUGCGGCGCCCACCUGCCAGACAGGAUUCGGUGGCUUCCUCACUGCUCCAGCCUCGCCCGCCUACUCUGUGGCCAGCACCUCCCUGUUCAGUCCAUCGCCCGCCGGCGGCACCAACGGCAAGCGGAAGCGCGGACGUCCUGCCAAGGACCAUGCCGACGGACCCGAUCCCAAUCUCCUGUCCCGCAUGAACGGCGAGGAGCGGAAGGCCUACGAGGACCGACUCAAGAACAACGAGGCUAGUCGUGUCUCGCGCCGGAAGACCAAGAAGCGCGAGGAGGAGGAGAAGAGCGCCGAGGACGAGCUGGUGGCCGAGAAUCUGCGCCUGCGCGCCUUGGCCGACGACGUGGCAAGUCUGGAGCGCAAGUACAAGAAGUACCUGAUGGAUCGCCAAAGGAAGAACAGCACCUACAACGUCAAGCAGGAGCAGCACUGAGAUUCUCGUAGCCAUAGAUACAGAUAGACCAACUAUCGUGACCUUAAGAUUGUCGCAUAUUGCGGAGCAUAGCCAUAGUCCGAGCACCCCUCGACGUCAUCCAUUUGUUAAGUUACUUAAGUUGUCGUUGAAGAAGUCGAGAAGCAGAAAUCAAAUUUCCAUCUGGGCAUCAGUUUCCCACGAAAUGAUGUAAAACCUAAAACAUUUUAGCCACUUAUUAGGCAUAGAGAGGGCGCCCCUUGAGCGCGAGACGUGUUUAAUUGUACUCUAUUUUUAUUAAGUUUUGAAAAAACUACAAUUUUUGUAUCCACGUAUAUGUUUUAUUCGUCAUAAGAGUAAUCAGAAAAACAAGAAAAUGUCAAAAAAAAAAAUAAUGAUUACGAUUUCGUAUGUUUUAACCCAUUGAUGAACAAGAAAAAGUUACAAAAA